AUGGUGGCCAUCUACCUUUCCAGUAUCUUUGCGAUUGCGGCUGUCGCGCUCGCGGCCCAAGAGGCACCGGCGGAUGCCAUGACCUUCAAGAGACCCGACGACUGCGACAAGGGCGGCCGCGGCGGUGGCGGCUGGAACUCAGGCGGCGGCGGUGGCUGGAACUCGGGCGGUGGCUGGCAAAUCAACGGCGGCGGCUGGAACUCAGGCGGCGGCUGGAACAACGGCGGCGGCUGGAACAACGGCGGCGGCUGGAACAACGGAGGCGGUGGUUGGGGCAAGAGAACGCCAUGCCCGCAGCCUGGACCCAACCCCGGCCCCGCUCCAGGCCCCAACCCCGGUCCCGCUCCAGGUCCGAACCCCGGUCCCGCUCCAGGUCCGAACCCCGGCCCGCAGCCUGGCCCUGGCCCCCUGGCCCUCAACCGGGUCCGCAGCCGGGUCCUCAGCCUGGCCCUCAACCGGGUCCGCAGCCGGCCUGGCCCAGCCCCUAGUCCCGGCCCUGCACCGUACAACCCCGACGAAUGGCAGCGCAAUCUCCGUCAAAACUAG